GGCGCCCUCCCUCGAUAGCAGGUCGCCUAUCGUAUCGCGACUGCGAUGGACGAUCGCUACCGAUCGCACGAUCGGUCCCGAGCGUUGUUCGAUGUCGAAGGUCGUAUAUUCAAGUGAUUUAAGUCUCGAACUUGCAAAGUCCCAAAGUGCGACCGACGUCGCCUUCUGCGUCGAUAAAAUCCCGACCUUAUCGCUGUGUAAUCUGCAUCGUUAUCAGUGCUCGUCUCGUCUCCGUGAGUUCUCUGCUUCUGUUACGGCUGAUCAUCGAAGUCUGCUUCUCUGCCCUAAGCGCAGUCGCGAGACGUUUUUAUUGAUCGUAACUCGCGGGGGAGCGACUCGCACGCGUCAUGCGUCGUCGUGCGGACUCCGUGCUGGCGGCGCAAAGCGAACAUCCUCCAUAUGCUCGGCGCAGUGACAGUGACAGUGCCAGUGUCAGUGAUAGCACAAAUCCCGUUCCGAAGUAGCGCUCUCGAAAUUACAACUUGUUCCGAACUGGUCCCAACAUCUGGACAGAAAUCGCGAAAUUGCCUGCCGCCUGGGGCGCCUCCAGAGCCUUGAGCACCAGCAACGAAAGCGAAGGUCGCUUGAGAUAACCCGACAGGUGAAAGUAAGUCAGAGAGACGGCGAUUUCUGACGUUCAGGUGCAGAGAAUCAAUCUUUGCAAAUAAAAAAUUUGGGGAGAUGUCCAGGUUCCAGAGAAGUUUGAUGUCUCAUUAGAAGGUAGAAAAACGUGAUCUAGGUCGGAAUAACUUUGGCAGGAGUUUGAGGCUGAAUCGAGUCAGAGGCCAAGUGAUAAGGAUAAGGUGAAAUCUUUUGAGAUUCGUUCAUGAUCGAGCGAGCGGAGGCUUGCUGAUUCGAUCAGUAGCAGCCCGUCCUUGGACUUGGAUUUAAUUUCUAAAUUCGGUGUUCUGUAUUCUAUCAGUGGUGGUUUUGGAUUUAUUGACUAGUGAGGAAGAGGCGCUGGGAUGAGUUUGCUGUCACCGACAAUUGGCAGGGUCCGCUGCCUAGCGGAUGAGGAGGCUGAUCACAAUAUGCUCCAGGAUCUCCAAUUGGCUGCAGAGCUCGGUAAAACAUUGCUAGAACGAAACAAAGAAUUGGAAAACACCAUAAGAUCGCAACAAAACACAAUUGAAGAGCAAUCUCAUGAGAUAGAGUAUAUGAAAAAACAGACUGCUGCUCUCAGAGAAGUUAAUGAUUCUCGAUUGAAAAUCUACGAACAGUUGGAAGUCAGUAUUCAAGAUUUAGAGCGUGCCAAUCAUCUUCUCGUCGUUGAUAAUGCUAAUGAGAAAAAGGUCAUAAAAAGUCAAGUCCUUACAAUUGAAACCCUCGAGAACCGAUACGAUGAGCUUCAGAAAAAGUUCGAUGAACUCAAAACAAAACAUCAGGCUCUUGUCAGACAGCAAGCAGCAAAUGAAGAAUCACAGGCCAAAAAUUUGUGGAAGGUGUCGUCCUCGCAAGAUGACAGCAUAAAGCAGAGCGCUGCCUCAAAUUUGAAAAAACAGACAUCUGAAGUAGAUGGAAAUGUACAACAAGUUGUUACAACGAUGGUUAAUGAUGAAGAGGUAGUGACUUUACUGAAGCAACUAACUGACGUUCGAAGCCAAAGAGCCUGGGAACAGAAAAAAGUUGCUGAACUUGAAGUUCAGCUUGCAAGUCUUCUUCAUGAGAACACUGCCAUGGAGGAGCAACUUAAUGUUUGGCGUAAUAAAGCACAAGACGUCAAAAAUCUUCAAGAUGAAUUAAGCACCCUUGAAGAAGUGAGGCAAGGGCACUUAUGUGGUCGCUGUUUGCGCGGCAUGAACGUGAGAAACCACGAAGAAUUGACCCUCAUGCUCGAUCGAAAUGGGGAUAUUCCGGAGGUUGACGAUAUGAGUUUAGCUGAUUCUCUCGUGCACGAAAAUCACGAAAACAUCGAGAACUCUGAUUCGUUGGUACAGGACACAAACAAUAAGGUCGGGUUGGUGGACGAUAUCUUGGACGAUGCCUGCACUACCUUCGUCGGAAGUUACAAGAGCUUCAUGGAGGUCAAGGGCUACUCCACCUCCCGUUUGAAAACGAACGUCCCAAACCCAUGUCUCUCUCUUCAGGAAGAACUCAAAAUGUCCGGAGAGUUCAACAACUUCCAAGCACCAUCCGAGCCAGAAACUCAUCCAGAAGACAAAAUCUCCAACAAAUCACACCGGAAGACCCAGAAAUCAGGGAAGAAAGCCUUUUCCGGAACUCCCACAGACUUCUCUGAAGCUGAGACCUUGUCCUCCGGAUUUUCUGAUGAGACGAGCAACAAAUCGACCCAGACAGAUGGUCGACCAGGUUCUCUACUCUGCUCGAUCGCAGACGGCGAUAAUUGCAAAUUGAGCAUCUAUGAUGACAAUAGCACCUUCGAAAGUCGCUUCAACCAGACUCCAGAGUACAGACAAAUCUUCAGCGAAAUCUUCAGUGUCCUCAAACGCGCUGCAGAAGCUAAAAUCGAGGGAGAGAAAUUGCCACAGGCGAAUAGCACCGAGAUCUCGAACACUCCAAACUUCCCAUCAGUUGAUGACGGUAGUGAAACGACUGAUGACACCCAGAGUGUCAUGUCCUCCACGAUAUCUUCAGUCGUCUCGGAACCAGUCUUCAGGGUCCAUGCGCCCAUUUUUGAGAGAAGACACCGACCCGAAGGGGAGAAGACUGAACCUGCUCUCAGACCUCUUCAUAAUCACAAACGUCAACAACUGGAUUAUUUGUCGAUUCAAACGAGGAAGAAGUCCCUGAAGAAGAGCACUCCGAAGAAAAGCAAUUUGGAGACACCAAGCACACCUGAUAUCAUCCCAACCACAAAUCCUAAAGUCAUGCAUGCUAAAUCGAACAGUGGAGGAAAGCGGAAGUUCCGGCCUUUGACGAGCGCGGAAUUGGAUGGUGGAGUCUGGAAUGGACACACGACUCAUUUCUAUUCCAGCAGAAAUCGAGACCGGAGACUAAACUCAAACAGCUCAAACUCAAACAGCUCUUUCUCGAGGAAUUCUAGCGAUCAGAGUAAUUCCAGUUUUGAGUAUAGGGAUUAUAAACCCAGUGCGGCCUCGCAGGAGAUUGCUAAACUUAAACGAUUGGACAUGUCCUACGCUGAAGUUCUGCGCAUGCCAAACAAACCCAAAGGAAACCACAUGCGCAGGAGUUAAACUUUUCAGAAGGCGUUUUUGUACUUUAGUUUUAGAAAGGUGAGAUUGUUUUAAAAUUUUUAGUCGAGAGUAGGAUUUAAUAUAUAAUUCGAUGCUGCAAAAUCAGCAGGAGAUUUAAUUCGAUUCCAAGUUUUAAAGUUUCACGAGAUUGUCCUUUUUUUAGAGCGUAGAGUUAAAUUAUUUAUGUUAUGUUUCAGUAUUGGUGGCUUGGCCAUUUAGAUACUUUUUGUACAUAUUAUGAGAAGCUGAUUUUAGGAUUUUAAAAGUAGAGUGAUGUGAGUGAGAGAGGGGGAAGAAUUCAAUAUAUUUUGUAUUUUAUUGUACGAGUUUUAGUCCCACGAAUGUAUAUGUGCAUGUAUAAUUAAUGAUAAAAGUGCGAAAGUGACGUAUAGGGAGUACCGGAUAAAAAACGUACUGUUCAAUAUAUUAUAAAAGAGCCCAAAAUAAUGUUAAGAAUCGUUGAAAUCUGAGAGAGAUCUUUCUUGAGUACCAAAUUGCAUUGGAAGGAUAACAAAAAUUAACUCAUGUGCCAUUUACCUUCUGCAAAUUACAAUCAUAAUUCUUUAUUAUAAUCUACAAACAAGAGUUCUCGCUCGAACGUGUAUACUGGGCGAUUUUUGGUCAGGAAAAUCGAAAAUCUCCCCUGUAUCUGUCUUGUAAGGUGAGGUGUGAUGAUAGCUUUUAUAUCCUACAGGUAUGGACUGCUAUGUUCUUGUGAUUAUCUUCUAUAAGGAAAUAAAUUCUUUAUCAGUAUA